AUGGUUUCUUUUAUGAAAAUUACAAGUACUAUAAAAGUAGUUUCUCCAGAAGAUGAUCUCUUUGUAGACCCUCUUAUCACUUUACAGUUGAGUAUCCCUGAGAUAAACGUAAACUCGCUUGAUUUUCUCAGUUUAUAUAAUAAGAUUAAUACUGCUAAAAACAAUCUUCAAAGAACCACUCAUGAUUUGCUUCGAUGCUAUUAUAAUUUUGGUCAAGCCAUUAAGCAGUUAUUCGAUUAUUUUAGAAAAACUUGUAAUGAGGAUAUAUCUAAUACUAAAGUUAAUGAUAGAAUCAUAAAUCAGAUUUCUAUGCAAGAUAAAUUUACUGAGACUAACCUUCGAAAAAGAAAGGAACAGGUAAAAAAGUUUUCAGACUUUAGUAAUAUUGGUAGUAUAGAAGUAAUAGAACAGUUAAAGUCUUUAAAUGUUACUACAAUCUUAAAUUUAUCCCCAGAUGAAGUCGAUUUUCUUAUUGCUAGAUUAAACGAAUAA